AUGGGGAAAUUUCUCGAAGCGGAGGAAGUGGGAGAACGCGAGGAAGUGGAUGUAGUAGGCUUAGUGAAAGAGAGAUUAACAAAACCACAUGCCCCUGGUACUGGAAUUAAAGGAAAGGAAGGAAGAGAGAAGAACGCAGGAGGGGAAGAGAGGAGUGAAGAAGAGGAAUGGAGAUAUAGAUGGAAGGAGGAGGACAUCGAAUUAUAUAAGGAAAGGACAGAAGGGGAAGAAGACGAAGAGGAGAUAAGCGAAGUUUCAGUAGAAGAAAAAUGGGGGGCGGUAAAGGAGUUGGUGAAGGACGCAAUGAUAAGAGUAAGAAUAAAAAGAAGAAAGAAGAAACUAGGUUACAAGGAAUGGUGGGACAGGAGUUGCACGAGGAAGAAGAGAAUAGUACAUAGAUUAUACAAAGGAUGGAGGAUAGGAAAGUCGAGUAGGGAAAGAUUCUUGGAAGAAAGAAGAAGUUUCAAAGAGCAUGUGGAGGAGAAGAAGAGGAAAAAAUUGCUUGGAGGAGAGGAAGUAGAGGAAGAAAGGGAAAGCGAAAGGGGGAAGAUAAAGGAGGAGAAACAAGUAGAAAGGGAACUGAAGACAGAGGAAAUAGCGGAGGCAGUAAAGAAGCUGAAGAAAGGAAAGGCAGCAGGGAUAGACGGUAUUCCUAUGGAAGCGUGGAAGUACGGAGGGGGGAAGGUGAAGAGGAGGUUAGCAGACCUGCUGACGUGUAUAUGGAAAGGAGGCGGAAUACCAGAGGACUGGAGAAAAAGCGUCAUAGCAACGAUUUAUAAGAAAGGAGACACGGAGAAAAUGGAGAACUAUAGAGGGAUAUCGUUGCUUUGCACAGCGUACAAGAUCUGCGCGGAGGUGUUGAGGAAAAGGUUGAAAGAUGAAGUCGAGCAUGGGACCCUAGUGCCCGAGAGCCAAGGUGGCUUUAGGAAGGAUUUGAGUUCGGCCUUUGACAAUGUGAAUAGGAAGGAGUUAUGGGAGAUACUGGAGAGGAAAAACAUCAAUGGGACACUAAUACAGAGGAUGAAGGAAAUUUAUGAAGAUACGAGAGCAGCAAUUAGGACGAAGGAAUGGUCUAAUCGGAAGAAUUCAAGACGAAGAAGGGAGUGA